UGACUGGACUGGUAUGCGACCAUGCGUUAUGCAAAGGUAGCAAGUCAGCGGGUGACCCGAUAUUCUCUUUGAGGGGUGGGAAUAGUGAGCAAGGUUUUGGGGAAAUUUUUUUGUAGUGGAAGAAAACGGAUAAUCAGAAGGUAUUGCUCAAUCGCGGUUGCUUAACGGUUAGUUAGUUCUAAAAACUGAACCCUAGAUGAGAUGACAGAAUCACCGAUCAAAUCAUCCCCCAUUGACAUUCCUGAAAUCCCAGUUGAGAUCGUGAGCGAAGAAGAAAUGGCUCUCAUCGAAGCUGCCUUGGCUGCUACUCGUUCUUCUCUCUCCUCCUCAGUUGCCCCGUCCUGCCCUUCUCGACUUUCUCUCUUAUCUACAAUUUCCUCCAGUCAAUUCCAAAGUAAUGCAAAAUCAACUGAAACCAUCACGUUUCAUUCCAAAAGGCCAUUAUCAGGGUGUUCAGAGACCCAAACUAUUAACGACGUCGAAGAUUUGGGAAAUUUAGGGCGUGCCCAGAAGAAAGUCAAGGUACCCAAAUCGUUGUUAUAUCGAUUUCGGAGGAAAAAGGGACUGGCGGUUACCGAUAUAACUUCCACGGAGUGGUGUGAAAAACAAAUGGAAUUUUCUCUCCUCCGUGGCAAGCCCAAAAAAACUAAAGCUAUGGAAGCAGGCACUGCUCGACACGAGAAACUAGAAGAAGAGGUUAUUAAAAAAGUAAAAAUUCAUGUGAAGUCUGUUGAAGAUAUUUGGGCUUUGAAGCUCAUGAACUUUAUUGUUGGGGCAAAUCAAUUAUUUUUUGAAGGAAUGACCCGUGAGCUGCCGCUGAUAGGUUUUCUAGAAGGUGUGUGGACAGUCGGGGUAAUUGAUGAAAUCCGAAUGCCUUCAACCGGGAAUAUUAGAAAUCCUUUAUUAGUGGACACUAAAACUCGUUCUCAAGCUACACUUCCAUCAGAAGCACAGAAGAGGAAUGGAAGGCUUCAGUUAAUGUGCUAUAAGUAUUUAUGGGACAAUGUAGUGAGCGAUAAUUUUCCCUCCGACCAUUUCUUUGAUUUCUUUCGGUUGAAUCCUGAAAUUACCUUAUCCAAAGAAAUUAAAGAGCAGACUGCUAGCUCGGGUUUCCCUGCACAGACCCUCGAAGAAAUAAUGGUGUACUUCAGGAAUACAUGCUGUUCACUUCCUCCAGCUAAUGACCAGCUUCUGUUGAGAUAUGAAUUCCAAGGAGACAAUUCAUUGAUUGGUGAAGAUGAAUUCAUGUACAAUCCCGAGUGGGUGAAGAGUCAGAUUCAGUGCUGUCUUGAGUUCUGGUCAGGAGAGAGAGAAGCCAGGUAUGUUCUGGUUGAGGAGCGUUGGAAGUGUCGGUUUUGUAAAUUUUCUUCCAUGUGUCCUGCAAAAAGCACCUCUGAUACUGUAGUGAACUAGAAAGCAAGCGGCGGCAUUCUCUUCUCGUCUUGGUUCAAUAAGCUUCCAUGGUCUUAGCUCUACUCAUCACCAGGCAAAUAAAACUGCUGUGUGCUGGUAGGAGGCAUGGCCAAUUGCUUUUUCAUUGAGGGUUGGUGAAGCAGAUGGUGAUGGAUGGGGGCCUCCUGGAAGGACGAAGCUUUCUGUAAGAAUAAAUGAUAUUGUUGUAUGAAGAAUUUGAAAGCUCUUUUUAAUCAUGUAUGUAUAAUCCUGUUCUGUUCA